AUGGACCCCGCGUCCCUGCCGAUCCGCGCCCACGCCAAGGAAAUUUUGGAAGCCGUCCGCGGCAGCUCCGUCGUGGUGGUGAUCGGGGACGCCGGCUCGGGAAAGACGACUCAGAUCCCCCAGAUAUUGGCGAAGGCGGGGUACGGCGACGAUGGCAAGAUCGUUGUUACUCAACCGAGGCGACUGGCUGCUAUAAGUGCGGCAAGGCGAGUGUCAGAGGAAAUGGGCGUUCGACUGGGAGCGGAGGUUGGAUAUGCAGUGAGAUUCGAAGAAGAUACUUCAUCUAAAACAGUGAUCAAGUAUGUGACAGAUGGAUUGCUGCUUCGGGAGUGUCUCGCAGAUACAGAGCUUAGCCAAUAUUCGGUUGUCAUGCUCGAUGAAGCACAUGAGAGGAGUUUGAACACAGACAUCCUGUUUGGUGUUCUGAAAUCCCUUGUGAACAGUAGGAAACAGGCAUUAAAGUUGCUCAUCACAUCGGCAACUUUGGAUGGGAAAAAAUUCUCUGAGUAUUUUAUGAAUUGCCCCAUCUUAAAUGUGCCUGGAGUCUGCUUUCCGGUGGAGAUCAUCCACACAAUGGAAGACCAUGUCAGCAAUUACAUGCAGGCAGCUAUGGAUGUUGUGCUGGAUCUUCAUGUCAACCAACCUCCAGGUGACAUCCUUGUAUUCCUGACUGGCCAGGCAGAGAUCCAAAAAGCUGUGGAACUUCUCAACAAAGCUGUGGCAGAUCUUCCUGAGGACACGUGCGAUGCGCUACAGGUCCUCCCUCUUUAUGCUGCUCUGCCCAUGGAGCAGCAGUCCUUGGUGUUCUCUCCAACCCCAGAAGGGUGCAGGAGGUGCGUGGUGGCGACCAACAUCGCGGAGACGUCCAUAACAGUGAACAAUGUGGUGUAUGUUGUGGAUCCGGGAACUGUAAAGCAGAAGUCCUACAACCCCCUCACAGGAAUGGGCUCCCUGGAGGUGGUGACCAUCUCUCAUGUGCAGGCGAAGCAGAGGGCCGGGAGGGCAGGGAGAACACAGCCAGGCAAGUGCUACAGGCUGUAUACAAAAAAGUUCCAUGACAAAGAGAUGGCCGACAUAACGCUUCCAGAAAUCCAGCGCACAUCCCUCACAUCAGCCGUCUUAUAUUUGAAGACUCUGCCAUUGGCUAUCGACGUGUUGAGGUUCGACUACCUUGAUGCCCCCAAGAUGGAGGCGCUUGAAGAUGCCCUUCGCCAACUUUAUGUGUUGGGGGCCAUUGACAUCGAUGGCAAGAUAACCACCCUGGGAGAACAGAUGGCACAAUUGCCUGUGGAACCUUCCCUUGCUCGUGCAUUAAUUGCGUCAAUGGAAUGCAGGUGCCUGGAUGAGAUGGUGAUUGUGGCCGCAAUGCUCUCAGCCGAGAAUAUAUUCGAAGAUACCGGAGGGCCCCCGGACAGAGACGCAGCUGGUCGUUCGAGAGGGAAGUCCGAACAGGAAGACAACGCAGUGACCAGACUCGCCAGGGAGGGCCUUGGUGACCAUGUGCUACUGCUAAGAAUUUACCAAGAAUGGGAGAGAGCAGGCUUUGCACCAGGCUGGUGCAGGCGUGGGGGCUUGAGCGUUCGGUCCAUGAGGCGAGCCAGAGACAUUCACAAACAGCUUAAGGCCAACGUUCGGGACCUGCGGCGCAGAGUGGCCGGGCGUGACGAGACGAGAAGAUCUGAGAAAGGCAGCAAGAAGAGGGGGCGGCACUCGGACGCUCCCCACGAGCACAGUUGCGAGGAACGCGGCCGCUCGUUGGAUGCACAGUCUGCCUUGAGGAAGGCUGUUUGCGUUGGAUUCGCAAACAGGCUGGCGCACAGAAUGGCCGCGCACAAUGGGUACAGGCCCCUUGCGCCUGGAGCCCCGCUGUCGCAACUGCACCCGUCCAGCGCCCGGGUCAGCGCGGACAGCGACGGCCUCCUGCCGGAGUGGAUAGUGUACCACGAGUGCUUCGGCUUGUCAAGGCCCUUCCUGAGACAGGUGUGUCCUGUUGACGAUGAGUGGGUCCAGCCGUUGCUGCCCAAGAUGAGGAACAUCGAAGUGAAACGGCUGAGCGGAGGGGCGUCCGAGCCGGCAGGCAGCGCCUGUCCGAAGCCCGCCGUCUCGAGUGGCGGCGCAGAUGGCGCGCUGCCGCAGCCAGCUCUUCCCGCUCGCCGCAACGACGACAAUGCAGUGGAGGCAGCACGUCGGAGGUACUUGGAAAGGAAAGCAGGCAAGCGGAGAAAAUAA